AUGCUUAUUUAUUGCAAACAAACCUCUAUCUCAACCAACUCCUCAAUGGUCUAUUAUUCACUUUCAGAGGACUCGAUAGAGAUUAAUCCAUCAUCACUUCGUAAAUAUAAUCUAAAUAUUCAUACAUUACAUUCAUUAUGUAUUUCAUUAAAUAGUGCCUUGGAAGGUUCAAAACAUUAUGUUGAACAAGUUGAAUCAUUUAUGGCAUCAUCAUUUACACUUGCCAAUGAUCUCUAUAAGAUUGGAUUACAAAUACCACAGAUUGGAGAAUUGUCAACAUCCAUCUCACAAUUAAACAAAGAGAUCAAUGUAUUAUUGCCAGCAAGUGUAAGAGAUUGCAAGGUUAUUCUAGACUAUUCAGUAGAGAAUUCUGUAUUUGUAGAUCAAACUGAAACAUUCAAGAAUCUAAAACAAGAGGUAGAUAAAUACUUGGUAGAAUCUAUUCAAUAUAGAAGAGAUCUUAAAAUGCUACUUCAAAAAUACUCUGCAAAAUCAUUAUCCGAUAGUCAGAGUGAUAAGAUUGCUUCGGUCAUGGCUAAACUAACUCAAUCAAUUAGUUUCUAUGAAAAGUAUCUAUCUCUAUUGGAAUCAGAGUUGGAUGAGUUUUGUGGUGCUAGAAAGAAAUAUUUAUUAAAUUUAUCUCAAAAUAUUUUAAAUUUACAUCAUUUGGUUCACUUUGGUAGAAAGUUACCACCCACUCAAUCCUCUCCAGACACUACUACUACUACUACAACUACAGAAGAAGAUAAAUCAAUACCAACAUUAACAGCAUCAGAAGCAUCACUUAUAAGAAAGACAUUUUCAGCAGAUAGUAUAAGUAGUUUGAACCACUUGAAUAUUACCAAAAAGACAAUGUCACCACCACCAACCAACUUUGAUGACAUUAUUGAAAAUACUAUCUACCUCAAAGCCUUUAGAAUAUUCUCUGAAAAACAUCAUGGUAUCGAAAAUCUAUUAUUCUAUCUUGAUUGUCAUUCACUCAAGCAAUUGGAAGCUCGUUCAGCACCACGUGAAACAGUCAGAUCAAUGUUUUUAAAUAUGUACAAUAAUUAUAUCACUCCGGGUUCAUCUUUUGAAAUUAAUAUCGAUUCUGAAGCAAGAUCUGCUAUCGAUGAUAGACGUUUAAAUCUAUUUUUAGAUCAAGAUAUUUAUCCAAGUUUAUCAAUUGCAAUUGAAGCAAUUUCCUCUUUAUUAAAUUAUUCAAUGUUUCCAUUAUUUUUAAAGAGUCCACUCUAUCAAGCAGCAGCAAUAUUAGAAAGAGGUAGUCAACAACCAACAGAGACUAUAGGUGUAUCUAAACUUACCAAAUCACUCGAUACAUUGAUUAGUAAUCCAAUUGGUUUGGAAUACUUUUUACUCUACCUCAGACCAUCUAGACCAACAUCACCAAACAGCGGUAGCAGCAACAAUACAACACCUUCAUCUUCAUCACCCUAUUUUAGAGAUAGAUCCAACAGUAUGGUUAUUGGAGGUUCAUCACCAAGCCAUUCUGCACCCUCAUCUGCUUCUACUUCACCCAAUUCAGUUUCUCCAUUGACAUCAUCACUUUUAUCACCAAGAUUCUCACCACUACUUUUACAAACACCCGCCGUUUCUCCCAUCGACGCUAGAAACAUGGUCUUUUUGUGGCUCAAUAUCAAUAGACUCAAGGUACUUGCUGAAGAGUUUAUUGAUCAGUAUGCAUACGAACUGUACGACACUUAUAUUCGUAAUGGUGCUGAAAAGGAGAUUUCUGUGCUAUCUGCUGUAGACUCUGUUAGACAUUCGAUUCAAGAAGCUAUUGCCUCUAAACAAAGAGCCAAAGUAUUGAUGGCAUUUGACAAUAUUGGUCAAGAUAUCAUACUUCAACUCACAAACACCCAUUUCCAACUAUUCCUUCAAAGCAAUGUUUGCAAGGAUAUGUUGGGACGUGAGGAAAAGAUGAUUAAAUACAUGGAAAAGGAUAAAAAGAAACCAGAAAACAAGGUUGACCUUCAGUUUGAACAAAUCUCUAGAGAGAAAUUAAAAGCAAUAUUCCCAAGAACUAGAGAACGUCAAGUAUCUGUUAAACCAGGUGCACUCUCACCCAUUACAAUCUCUCCUACUCUUUUGGACAAACCCGUAUCUUCUGGUCAACCUUCUCUUUCACCAACUUCCACUAGUUCCUACAACAAAGCUUUACCACCACUUCCAGCAUCAGCAUUAUCUAAUUCCAACAAUUCAUCUUCAUCUAAUCCAACCAUUGUAACAACAACAACAGCACCAUUAAAUAGUAGUACAAGUAGUAAUGGUAGUAAUAGUGGUGGCGGUACAACAACAACAACAUCAACAGUAUUUGAACACUCUACCUCUCAUCCAUCGACACCAUCAAAAGCACCAUUGACACCAAAUAUUUCACAACAAAGAAAACAAUCCAACUUUGAUCUAACUACCACACUUCCAGGUGGAGGUGGACCAACAACAGCAGCCGACAAACCAAAUGAAGUUUUUUGUUAUAUUCUCUCUGAACCAACAUGGUUGGAUACCUUUAAACGAUUUGUAAAGUCUGAGAAAUGUGAAGAACUACUUCUUUGUUGGAUGGAGUUGGAGAGAUACUGUAGAUCGAGUAAAUCAUCAUUGGCAGCUGCCAACAAUAUCUAUGAAAACUUCUUCCUCGAAGGAUCUCCACUCGAAGUCAAUCUGGAGCCAGAAUUAAAACUUGCUGUAAGGGAUGCACUCAAAUCAGAAGUAUUGUCAACCAUUGACCAACAACUCAAACUUAGUUGUCAAUCAUCAUUUGAAUUGUUACGUGUUGAUUGCUUUGGUAGAUUCAUCAGAAGCAAUGUAUUUAAAGAUUUGGUUCAACAAGUUGGUGAUCCAUUCGAUUCAAAGAAUAGAAAAAAAAUAACAAAGAAAUAA